AUGUCUACCUCCAAGGCAUGCCUCGUCCGCGGCUCGAUCAACAUUGACGAGUUCUACGCUCUCCCGCACAUCGUCCGUCCCGGAGAGACCAUCGCCUCUACCGGCUUCUCGCGCAAGACGGGCGGUAAAGGUGCCAACCAGGCCUUUGCGUGUGGACGCGCUGGCGGCCGCGUGGUCCUCGACGGGCGCAUUGGCGGCGACGGGCUCGCGAUCCGCGACUCGAUUGCCGAGGGCGGUGUGGAUGUCAGCCGUGUGAAGGUUGUUGAAGGCGAGGUUACUGGCCGCGCUAUUAUCCAGCGUGCGGCUGAUGGCGAGAACUCGAUCGUGCUGCACGCCGGUGCCAACUAUGCCCCGUCGGGCGAGACCACCCCCGAUCUCACCGGCUUUACCCACCUCCUCGUCCAGAACGAGAUUCCCCUCGAGGACACCCUCGCGUACCUGCGUGCUUCCGGCGCUGCGGGCUUGACCAGCGUGUACAACCCUUCCCCCAUGCCUUCGCCCGACAUCCUCCGCGCGUUCCCCUGGGACUGCCUCUCGAUCCUCAUCGUGAACGAGGGCGAGCUCGCGUCCAUCCUCGCCGCGUUCGACGACACCCCGCUCUCCGCCUCGCUGUCCGUCGCCGACGCCUCCACUGCCGCCAUGCACGCGCUGCACCGCGCCAAGGGCUUCAACGACAAGAUCAUCAUUGUGACCACCAUCGGCCCGCAGGGUGUCCUCGUCCUCGACCCCCGCGGCGCCGGCCCGCACCCCGAAAUCGCCUCGUUCCCCGCCGCACCCGUCAAGAAGGUCGUCGACACCACCGGUGCCGGCGACACGUUUGCGGGCUACUUUACGGCCCUGCUCAUGGAGAAGGGCGACGAUGCGUCGCUGGCCGAGAUCGUGCCCGUCUGCACACAGGCGUGCUCGCUCGCCGUUGAGAAGGCGGGUGCCAUGGAGAGCAUCCCGGCGCGCAAGGACGUCGAGGCGCGUCUUGCUGCCAACUAG